AUGGCGGUUCUCUCCCGAUAUCUGCCCUUCUCCGAGGCAACUACUACGCUGCAAGCAGUGACAUACCUUCUCGGAAUAUCUCUCUUUUCUAUUUCCUUCCUCGUCUUCCUCAACAGCAGCAUAUCCUUCGUUAUUACCGACCUAAUUGGCGUCAAGGAUGGCGUUGGCGACAUUGUCGGCACUCUCGGCUUCGUAGACGAGCUCGUUGCCCUCGUCGCAUGUCCGGUCUGGGGUCUCGUCUCGGAUCGGCUCGGUGUGAGAUGGGUGGCUGUCAUCGGGUAUGCCGUCAUCGGCGCAGCAUUGCUUCUUUUCGUUCAGGCGAAGAAUGUCUACCCGCAGCUACUCCUGGCGCGCAUCUUCUUUGCCAUUGGCGCCACAGCGUCCGCCACCAUGGUAACGGCCAUUCUGCCUUCAUUGACGGACGAUGGCGACAAUUCAGACAGUUCCGCUGACGCUGCGAACAAACCGACGCAUAAUCCUCGCAACAGUGUGGCCAUGUCCCUCGAAUCCGACAUGACUAUCACCCCGGCGCGCUUCCAUGGUUUCGGCGGAGACGGACAAACUGCGACAGCGAGUGAGAGAGAGGAGGCAAAGGCUGGAAGGCCUUCGUCAUUGGCGGGCUACGUUGGGCUAUUCACAGGAUGCGGCGCGCUGGUCGCGCUUUCCCUGUUCCUCCCGCUCCCCGCCCGAUUUGGUGAGAUUGACGGCAUCACACCUGCUACGGCUGUCGCCGACAGCUUCUAUGUGGUGGGAAUUGUGGCGUUUGUGAUCUCGGUCUUUGUUUUCUUUGGGUUGAGAAACCUUAAGGGCGAGGAAGGCAAGGGCUGGAGUACUCUAUUGGGUCUGAAGACGAACUCGGACUCGGAAGACGAGUCUGACGACAACAGGCCAGACCACCCAACCCGUCCGAAGGUGCUUCCAUACCUCCGCCUCCUGCGCGACUCCGUAACUCUCGGUUUCACGGAUUCUCAGAUCGCUCUGGGAUACCUGGGCGGCUUUGUGGCUCGCGCAUCCACUGUUGCCAUUUCGCUCUUCAUCCCCCUUUACAUCAACACCUACUAUAUCAGCAAUGGUUUCUGCCAGGGCUCCCCGCAUGACCCCUCGCCAGAGCUGAAGAAGGAGUGUCGGGCCGCCUAUCUGCUUUCGUCAAUCCUGACUGGCGUAGCUCAGCUGUUUGGUCUCUUUGCUGCGCCUGCGUUCGGAUAUUUCAACAGAAGACGCGGUCGUGUCAACUACCCCAUUCUCCUUGCCACUGCCUUCGGUAUCGUUGGCUACAUUAUUCUGCCACAGUUGCAGAGUCCGGAAUACAAGAACGUCGACGGCCGAGGCGGCAGCCCUGCCAUUUUCCUAACCGUGAUCCUAAUCGGCAUCAGCCAGAUCGGUGCCAUUGUCUGCAGUCUCGGCUUCCUUGGCCGUGGCGUUCUGACUGCAGAUAUCCCCAAGUCUCAGGUCAUCGACACGGUCGAAGACUCAGCAGAAACCAUGGAGACUUCCCCAGAGUCUGCGCCUCUAUUACAACACAACGCUAGCGUGGAUGCCGUGUCGCGAGUGCGACUCAAGGGCUCCAUCGCCGGCAUGUACUCCUGGUUCGGAGGAGCAGCUAUUUUGCUUCUCACCAAGCUAGGAGGCUACUUAUUCGACGCGGUGUCCAAUGGCGCCCCGUUUUACAUGAUGGCUUCCUUCAAUGCCAUCCUCUUCUUUACCAGUCUGGGCAUUGAUGCUGCUCGUUUUUACAGGGACAAGCAGUGA